AUUCAACAACAUCUUUUUGACAGGUAAGACUUCGAAACUUGGUCCUUUGAAGACUUGCUUAAUGGCCCCAUAGCACGAUGAAAUCAUCAAGCGGAAAAGGCUCAUGCUCAGUGUGCGGCCAUCUCAAUAAUGUACAUGUACGGCGAACCUGCAUUGCUAAAGGCUGCAAACAGCAAAUCAAAAUUUGCGGUGCCUCUUAUCAUUAUUGCCUGACUCUAGAUGGCUACGAUCGUCACCAGAAUGGAGACGUUGUCUGCAGAGAAUGUCCGCACCACGGGCGGGUAAGCAAGACUCAAGACUUCUCUCAGAGUCCUGUUGUUGACAGGGAUGGGGAUGGCAACAUUGUGAUCGUGAAGGAAGGCAUCAUGUAGGAACUGUAGAUCAACCUUUCCGGUUUUCCACUAUCAAAUAGUGAUGGUGCACACUUCGUUCUGUCGGACGGAUGCAAGAACCGUCAGGUGGGUGUGAAUCGAUACACGCGCUGAAUAAAUAUCCAUAUUUGAAAUUA